AUGCAACGCCUUCACGCAUCUGCCCGGCUUCCCAAAGCCCCUCGUAUCCCUAACUUCGUGUGGUGCGCAAUCUUUACAGCAAUUGGAGGCUUCGUGUUUGGAUUCGACACUGGGAGUAUCGGCUCAAUCACUACGAUGCCCCAGUUCGUCUCCCGCUUCUCGAAGUCCGGCGUCUUGUCGGCGACGAUCCAGGGCCUCAUUGUUUCAAUCAUCCUCAUCACAGCUUCCAUGGCUUCCCUCGUCUCUGGACCUCUCUCAGAUCGCAUUUCCCGGACGAGGACCAUCUCUCUCGGGGCAAUCAUAUUUGCAGGUGGCAGCGCUAUUUCAUGCGCUUCACGAACUCUAGCUAUGUUGUUCGUCGGGAGAUGUUUGGCCGGCAUCGGUGAAGGCCUGUUUCUAUCGGCAGUCACGGUGUACGCAGUAGAGAUCGCGCCAGCGUCCGCUAGAGGUAGGCUCGGCUCGAUGGUGCAACUUCUGUGCACGAUGGGUAUCGCGUCCGGGUACUUCAUAUGUUAUGGCACUGUCCGAAUUCCUACCUCUCUGUCUUGGAGAUUUCCCUUCGGAUUGCAGGCAGUUGUUUCUACUGCAUUAGCAGUGGGAUCCCCCUUCCUACCGCAUUCACCGCGCUGGCUUCGUCAUGUGGGUCGAGCGGCCGACGCGGAUGCGGCCUGGGCGACAUUGGGCGUUGGGUCCGCUGAUGCUCAGAAGACGGAAGAGAAUGCAAGCAGAGAUGCAACGCAGCGAUUGAGCUGGUGGCUAGAAGCGCAACAGCUGUGGAAGGAGGGUGUGAGAGCGAGAACUGCUCUGGGUGUCUUCCUAAUGGGAAUGCAGCAGGCCUCAGGAAUCGACGGUGUCCUCUAUUAUGCUCCGGUCCUAUUCGCGCAAGCUGGUCUAUCGGCCUCGACGGCGUCGUUCGUGGCAUCAGGGGUUUCCGGUUUGAUCAACGUCAUCUGUACAAUUAUCGUUCAAAUCUUCGCCGAUGACUGGGGACGCAGGCCUUCCAUGAUCUUUGGCGGGGCCGUCAUCGGAUUAUCCAUGGUCUCAAUUGGUUCUCUUUAUGCUUCGCAGGCUUCGGACACACCAGCUGGGCGUUGGGCGAUUAUCGUGUUGAUCUACAUAUUCGUUGUCGGGUUCUGCGCUAGCUGGGCCAUCGUAACUCGUAUCAUCUGUAGCGAAAUACAGCCAAUGCGAACCAGGGCUGCUGCGACUAGCCUUGGGCAAUGUGCCAACUGGGUAGUGAACUGGAUCAUAGCGUUUACAACGCCAAUGUUCCUUGCGCGCACGUCUUCGGGCCCCUACUUUCUAUUUGGCAGCUGCUCCCUGGUCACCACGCUCGUUUGUUUGGCCUUCCAGCCCGAGACAAGAGGCGCCACACUCGAGGAGGUCGACAAAGCAUUCGAGGUAGCGCCUUGGAAAGCUGCGCUCAAACGGCGACGGGAGCGUUCUUCCAGUCCGGCGCCGGGCAUUGUCGAGGAAUACGAACUUUCUCCUCGCUCGCGCCCUCAGACCAUCAUGCCGGGGCACGAUAUCGAUGAAAACGUCGAAGAAAUGGACGUGAUUCGCCUUCCAGAGGUUAGCUUUGGCGGACCUUGGCAUUGGGUGCGUUGA